AUGCGCCGCCCUCGAUACCUCUUUUCCAUGGCUUCGUCAUUAGACUUCUCUAUUCCCUCGGACCCGGAACCUGCGUUUGACUCUGCCUCUCGUGAGAAACUCGCAUCUGCGCGCUUGGAAGCGCUUGAGAAUGAUGCGCCGACCAUCAGCCAUGCUGUGGCAGAAGCCAAAGUGCAUCAACUGGACCAAGUUCCCGCAAGAGAUGGCGUAAACACUGGCCAUGCCCAGGCCGGAGACUCGGACGCGGCGUUUCAGCCUCGUAUCCUGGGCAUCUCAAAAGAGGAUGCGUGGAUGGCGAUCCGCCGAUUCAACCUCUUGGUUUUUCGCGUCAAGGCCACGAAGCACUGUCCGUUAAGCGACCUCGACAUGGUGUCAGCUGAAGACGGGCAGACCUCGCCAGAACAGAUUCAAGCCCAAUUUGCACGUCUAUACAUGACAGUCAUCAUCGGGUUGUUUGCUUCUCCCUCCAUCGUCGAUGCUACAACUGGCGGCGUCCAGAUGCCUCCUGCGGGUGUCAUGGCGACGGAUACAACCAUUACAGGGGCGCCAGAGAGCCACAAGGGCGAAGCCGUCGAGCAGGAAGCACACAGCUUCAUCGCCAGCUUUUCCAAGUUGAUCAUGAGCAUAACCUCGGACAAAGAUCAGGACAAGAGCGCACCUGAAGAUGACCCUUCCCCAGGCUUGGCUAAACUGAGUGGCAAGAUCGCAAGCGCGAAAAGCAAGACUGACCAGGACGGACAAGGCGCAAACAUGGAUAAAACAGCGGACCCCAUGAAACACGCGAUCGAGGAUUUUGACCCAAAGCCGCUGCUAGACAUGUUGUUUGAGCUCAUCGAUACUUGGGAACGAUUUGGAAACGUGAUGCAUCCGACGCCCUUAUUUCCAAGUAAUGACUCUAGACUGCGGCUAGCCAUCUGUCUUGCAGCGCCGGCAUUGAUAAUGGCUAUUUUGUCGCGGGAGACCAUGAUCAAGAGCCUAGAACUCUUCUUUGGUUUCGUCUUUUUUGGCAAACCAAUCAUCCGACGAGCCUACGACUUGCUUGAUAAGCAUUGUCCUAGUUGGCGUAAUUACGGCAAACUUCGUAACUCGGUUUUGAAGGGAGUGCCCACGAAUGCACAACUUGCCAUCACCAUGCUUCGUGUUGGCGAACGAAUCAGUUCGCCGCUUCCUCCCCCUCCCGUUUCACAUGACUCUCCAAAGAUGAAAGCUAUAGCGGAUGCCGACAGGGUGCCGAUCCUAGGAGCCACCCACGAACAAACCCAAAAAGCGAUCCAACCAGAUCCCGACGGCGGCACAGUCCAAAACGACGACAACGAACCCAAAUCGAAGAAUAUAGAGCGCUUCAUGGGAUUCAUCAAGCACAAUUCCAAGCGCUUCGUCAACCUCUUUCACAAAGUGGACAAGAAGCGCGCGAGCCGGGGCGACACGCAUGCGCAAGCGCGGCUUGAUCUCGGGCAGACCACGCGGCAGGUGCCCGAUGCUGGACCGUACAGAUUCCCGGCACUUUGCAAUGGUGAGGUGGGAUACCUCCAUUUGACGACGGUGGCAGCGACGGCGUCUGUGGCGUGGCAAAGCCAUGACGAGAACUUGAACACGGCUUGGGUCGUCAUGGUGAAUGAUAUCGCCGACAUUUCCAAAGUGGAUGGAAUGAGCUUAAAGACGAAGCACUUUGUGCAGUGGGCGCUGGAUAAGGAAUCUGUAAAUGGUCUGAAGCUGACAACGUUGAGUGGUGAAUGCCAUCAUCUCGAUGCGGUUCCCAACCGCGAUGAGGCUUUUAAUCGCUUGAUAGCGAUGGGCAAUCAAGUAUGGGAGGUGUGUUAG